ACUACAACGUUGAAGUCUAAGUUUUGUGAACGAAUGGCAUUGCGUGAAAAGCGACGAGCCCUCCCGGUGGGGGGAAACUCGAAAGUUGGCGCCGCCAAUACUUCGACGGAGUAAUUAAUUCAGUAAAUGAACGAUGCUCCGGGUUUAUCGGGUCAUCGAUAGAUGAAGAAUCCCGUCGGAUGAAUGACGGUCCGUCGCUAAGACGGCUGCAGUAGUAAUUCAGUGCAACAUCGGGUGGUAUUGCGAGAAGAGACAUGCCACCAGUCGGGACUAUCAUCCUUCUGGCGAUUGUUCUUGCAUCAGCGUACGCACAUCCGCAGAACACGCUGCUAAACGAUGUCGAGAAUGUCAUCAAGACCGUUUUCAAGACCGUAUGGGAACCGGCCACAUUCAAUUUGUACAGUAGGGAAAAUCCAUUCGGCGAGGAGCAGUUGUUCUUAAACAACACGGAGGUUCUUUAUGCAUCCCAUUUCAACGAAAGUCGUCCGACGAAGUUCAUUAUCCACGGGUACAGCGACACUGGAAAUGAGGCCUGGGUGCGAGGUUUGAUAGACGCCUAUUUGCUUCACGAAAACGUGAACGUGAUCGUCGUCAGUUGGGGAGUUCUCGCCAGUGCUCUCUACCCAAUGGCCGCGAACAACACCUGUCGAGUAGGCGAAUUUCUAGGCAAUUUCCUCGAGUUCCUGAACCGCGAGUCGAACCUAGAAUAUAAAGAUGUUCACAUGACGGGACAUAGUUUGGGUUCGCACGUCGCCGGAUGCGCUGGCGCUUACUUGAAUGGACGAAUCGGCAGAAUAACAGGCCUAGAUCCGGCGAGUCCCCUGUUCGAGACGAUUUCUGGAAUUGUUGACCCGAAAUUCAGAUUAGAUCCGACCGAUGCGCAGUUCGUCGACGUGAUUCACACCAGCGGAUCUGCGUUCGGAUUCUUGGCUCCGCUCGGUCAUGCUGACUUUUAUCCAAAUAACGGAAAGUUUCCGCAACCUGGAUGCUCGUUCGUGCCGACUACAACUUAUUGCAGUCACUCAAGGGCGCACCAAUUCAUGACAGAGAGCAUAAGGAGCAGUUCCGGUUUCAAGGCGAGAACCUGUGAAAGUUGGGAGAAAUAUAAGGAUGGACGUUGCGAUUACAAUCCGGUUGUGCUGAUGGGCGAAGACGCGUCCACAUCAUUGCGAGGAAAGUUUUAUUUGACAACGAACGACUCACCCCCGUUUGCGAUAGCGUGAAGAACCAUGACAUCGAAGGCGGAGCUUGGAAACAACGGCGGAAAUUGUACUAGUCAUUUACGAGUUACUUUUAUUUAUGCAGCGCGAGCAGUUACAUUCGAAACAGCAUCCCCUGAACGGAGAUGCCCGUAGAAAGUACAAAUUGUAUUAAUUAAUAUAGUAUGAUUAGAUGAUACUUAUUUUCUCGUCUUUGUACCAUUGUAAGCGAGAAGAAUAAUAAAUGCUUUGUCGGUCA